CCCGCUUCUUCUUGCUCUCCUCAUGAGGGUUCCUGCGUUCCCGCCAACUGCGAGGAGUUCAGGUCGUUGAAACAACAUGGCAUCCGAAUCCUCACCACCUAGCACGCCACGGUCCUCCAGGUCGAGCGGCGCAAACACACCCGUUGCCUACGACGAUGAUCUGGCCAGCUCUGCUCCUCCAUCCCCGGAAGACGUGCAACUGUCCCCAAAGGUUGCCGACGAGGAGCUUGAACAAUGCACAACCUCCGAUGCGCCCUUGAGGGACCUUCCACAGGUCGACGACCACUCUGCGAAGCAAACUUUAUCGAAGCUGCUGAAAGGUAAAGAGAAAGAAUGGACAGAUGUUGCAAGGAAGGGGCCGUUGCGGCUACUGGAUCUUCCAGUCGAUAUUCUCAAGGAGAUCAUUUACCAGCUCCCACACACCAACGAUCUGACUUCGCUUGCGCUUUGCCAUUCCGCCCUUCACAGUCUUACGAUACCCUGCAUCUACUCGAGAUUCGACAUUGUUUGGCCAGAUGAGAGUACACAAACAGAGCCCAGAACCGGCGUCGAUGCCCUAACAUACGGACUAGCGACCCUCGUUAUGGCCGAAGAAAUAUUUGGAGAAGCGCCACACCAAAACAACUGCCAAAACUGCGGUUCUCACGUCUCGACUACCCACAUGGCUCGCAGCGCGCAACAGACCCCCUUCCCGCUUACCAAGCGCCGCCGUGGAAAUUACUACGCUCAGUUUACCAAAAAGUUUUCCUUGGGGAAUGGGCCACACGCUUGGGUGCAGGAGUACAUGAUUGCGAAAGAAGGCGGGAAGAUGCUUGGCACGCUUGUAGCUCUUGCUGUGGCUCGCAUGAAGAACCUGGAGACCUUUGUGUGGGAUAUGCCCACUGGGGUUUUGAGGGAUGUAUGGCUCGCAUUGUCUUCCCUAGCUGACCGAACAGAUGGCGAGGAUUGCCGGCUCGAGCGAUUAUGGAUACGAUGGCAUGACAACACAGGCGACUCCCCGAGUCCUAUACCGCCCCCGCCUAUGAUGCUCAACAAUGUGCCACCACCACCGAAUACGGCUCACCCUAGUGGGGCGGGUGCGACACAGGCUCCUAUUGUGGUUCCGGUACAUUAUUCCUCUUCCUCGGCUGCUGCAAUCGACAGGGUCGAGAAUCCCACGUUCUCCGUUAUUCCUCCACUCAAGAGUCUGAGCGUAUUGGACAUCGACGAGCUCCCGUAUCUUGAUGAAAUGGCGAUAUUGAUCGCUCGAUCACAGAGGGGCCUACGGGAGCUACGGAUCGGCAUAGCACGUCAUGCUCAACAACGAGACUGGGUAACGGCAUGGGAUGGAGACGGCAUACAACAAGUGGAUUACAGUACAACUUGGACUGCAGCCAGCUCCAUUAGCGAGAAACGCCUUGGAGGGGUACUGGGUACUCUUGUCGGACGGGUCUACAAUAUGCGACACAACGACGAAAUAGUGGCCAAAGCAGUUAAACCGCACGUGUCUCCGGAGCGUCCAGUCGCAGUUCCAGAGCCUGUCAAAACAUCCAGCGAGUCCAACGCUCCUGUGAACGAGCAGAUUGCUGGACCGGAGCGAGAUAUGGAGCUAGAAUCAGAGCACGGGGAUGGCGCCCUAGAAGAACUAUCUGCUCAGGAGGGUGUCAGCCUAGUCGGCAAUGGAUCCAUACCGCCCAUCGAGGAACAAAACAUGCUUCCAGCUAACAGUGUACUUGAGGACGCGAUCACUGGGCCUGCUACUGCUCCCACGGAAUCACACCCGUCUAGCAAUAUAGCAGAGCCAGCUAUGCCAGACCCUAGCCCUACCAUAGCUGCCAACAGCUCGACGAUCAUGAAUCUCGAAGAAACACACGGCCCACUUCUCAACGGCAAGUUGCGAUUAGAUACUCUCGAGCUUGAGCGUGUUCCUCUAUCGGUGACAGUCUUGCUGAAAGCUUUUGACUGGUCUUUGCUUACAACAUUGACGUUGUUGCACUGCCAUAAUCAUGAGCAGUUGUGGAAGUCUCUGCGGCGUACCUUUUCUCCUCGAGGGUCCCAAACGAUUUCAGGUUCUAGCUACUCAAACCCCACAAAGGCCUAUAAGUCUUCAUAUCUCGGCCGCUCCGACUACGCUUUGAAUCUGAAAAAGAUACACACGAACGCAGUGUCGCCUUCGCUGAUUGCCUUCCUGAAGGAAACUCUUGCGCCAAACAGUUUGGAAGUUCUAUUCCUCCAAGAAGGCCGAUCGUAUUCAUCGACGGUCACAGUCGAAACUAUCUACCGAGGAGCAUUACGAAGGCACCGAGGAAGUCUCAAAAAAUUGAUGAUAGACAGUAGCGAGAAAGGACCAGACGGACACACAAGUUCAAGUUCAAGAUGGAGGAGAUGGAUGCUGAAUCGCGAAAUUAUAACAUUCAUUACAAGUGGUCGAAUGAGCGGCUUAAGAGAGUUGGCCGUGUCUAUUGAUUAUAGAGAUUGGCAUUUCUUCCUUCAGCGACUACCGUUUAUUCUCCAUGUCCGCUCGCUUUAUAUCCCUUUCAUUGCCGACCAUGCUCACGGGAACAAUAUCGAACCCCGAGAAUUGGCCAUGCAGGUCCUGGAUAUCGUUCACUUGCGACCAGAGAUCGAGAUUUGCUAUAUGGGAAUAUCUGUCAAGUGCUUUGAGAUCCUGGAAAACAAGUCGUCCAGUUACGAUCUUCGCCAAGAGAGCAACACCAGCAGCACUGAUGGGCCGGCCGGAGGCGCCAUGGGCGGCGCUUACGUGGCGAAUGAUGCAAUGAUGUCGGAUGAAGAAGACGAAACGGAAGACGAAGACGACGACGACCUAGAUGGUCCGGUCGGAGCCGCGGGCGACGGCGACGAGACCGAGUCUGACGCGUCUGAAGACAUGCACGACGACUCUGAUGGCGAUGACUCUUUCUUGCAGGAUGACAGGAAAGGGCCGAGACUUAGGCUGCGAGAAAUUCUCUUUUAUGAUGACAAGGUCGCCAUAUUCAAGGCUAGGCAUGGCCGUUUGUAGCGUUGCUAGGAUUUCGGUGUUUUGGGUUCCGUUCUAUUCACCACGCAGGCGACUCAGGUAAUUGUCUAGGGUUGGUUUUGGAGUCGUUGGGCGUCUCAGAGUCUUCGGGCUUUUUUGGAGUUAGAUGGGGCUUGAUGAAUGAAUGCACGUGAUUGCGUGGAUUCAGCCCUACAUGGAGCUUCACAAAUGUAGUUGUAGAUCAUGAACUUCCUUCAAUCAACC